AUGCCAACAACUUGUGGAUUUCCCAAUUGUCGUUUCCGUUCACGUUAUCGUGGAGCUGAAGAUAAUCGACAUUUCUAUCGGGUACCUAAAAAACCAGCAAUUCUACGUAAGAAAUGGCUUGAAGCAAUUGGUAGAACUGAAGAAACUAUUGUCAGUCAGUUACGUGUAUGCAGUGGUCAUUUUUAUGGUGGAGAAAAACACGAAGGUGAUGUUCCAGUCGCUGAUCCUGCAGUCGAUGAACCGAUACGUGUUGAACUACCUCCAAAAAUACCUCGAAUUCAAUCCACGUUGAAUAAACGAAAUUGUUAUGGUAUUCGUGGUGGUGGUGGUGUCGGUGGUAGCGUGAGUGGUCGAGGCAGAGGUGGAUCACAUCAUACUCAAGGAAUCAGAAAUAAAAUGUGUUUUCUAAAAUCAGGAAUGUUAAAUUACAUGACAAAACAUAACAGCUGCUUCGGUGUAAUGGGAUCAGUUGUUAAACAGAAGCAUACACUACCAACACAUUCGACACCGCUAACUUCUACUCUACGUAAUGAUUGUAAGCUGAGAAAUGACGAGUCAAUUCAUAUGAAUAAUAUUAAAAGCUGUAGUAAUAAUUAUCCGCUACCCUGGUUAAACAAUUUAUAUCCUCCUCAUAUAUAUGAUUACUUAAAAUCUCUUUCAUUGAAUACUUCUGUGUCAUCAUCUAUCACUGAAAUGAACACAAAUCAGUGUAGUAAUACACCAAAGAAACAUUUCUAUGAUACAGAAAAUCAAUACAUACAAACCUCAGUGAAUGAAGAUCAAUCAAUGUUGAAAAAGUAUUCACAUGAGUCAAUAAAUAAUGAACUUCAACAAGUAAAUUAUCUUCUAGACAAGGGUCUACCACAAAUCAAUAAUCAUUCAAGGUGUUCAACGCCUCUGCCUACAACAACAGUUUGUUUAACAAAUUUGAUUCAGAAUGAAAACGAUGUUGUGCACAAUUCAUAUAGUUCACCUUACAGUAAUACUACUACUACUAAUAAUAAUCAUAAUAAUAACAACAACCACAACAACAAGAACAAUGUCAAUCAGCAUCCCCCUCCUCCUCAUCAACUGCAGUCCUCAGCAUUCUCUCCUGUGUCAAGUAAUAAUAAUAAUAAUAAUAAUCAUCUUGCUGGUAACAGUAGUCAAAUGAAAUCUCCCACAGUUCUACUCAAAGAACACCAAUGGUUGAAUACAUCUUUAGAGAAUUUACAAAAAUUAAAUUCAUCAAUUUCCUUGCCAUUUACAUCCAAUUUGUCAACAGAUUAUUUUCUCUCUUUAGCUUCAGCAAUGAAUGGUGUUUUAACACAAAAAUUCAAUGAAAAUUAUUUAAAUCCGUGUAAAUUUCAACAAACUGACAAUCAGAAGUAUGCUGAACAUCAAGUCAAUUUGAAAGAUACGCCACAAAUGACAGUGAAUACAAAUAGUUUAUUUAAACAAAAUCAUGAUAAUACUGGAUUGGAACACUUACCUGCAUUUCCGUAUAAUGUUUUAAAUCCCAGUAGUUCGAUCAAUACAAUGUCCAUAAAUGAAAUGAAUGAAAUAAAAGAUUUAUCAGUGAAAUCAAAGUAUCAAACAGAAAUUUCAAAUUUUUCAAGAUUGCAUAACAAAAGUGAAGUAUAUUCAUCACGUAAUUAUGAGCAAGAUAAUAAUAAUAAUAUUGGCAUUAGAAAAGGUAUAAUUAAAAGUAAUGUCAAUCAUUCUAAAAGCAACGUUUUCAGCAAGUGUGAUCCUGAUGAGAAAUCAUCAUAUACGGAGUGUUUGGAAUUAAAAGAGCAAGAAGAAAGAUUUAACCAAUCAGCAGAAGCCAUCUGUUCAUUGAAGCCAACAGUUAAAUAUGUUUUAUUUAUUGGUAUCAACGAAUUGACUGUAGAAUUAUCCAUUCUCAGUGAUUUAACCAAUUUAAUUUGUGUUGAAUACUCGGAACUGAUGAGUCUACCUGAAUAUAUUUGUCAAAAUAUUUCAGAUAUAGUCAUUUAUCAGGAGAAUAUAUUAUCAGUGAACAUUGAUCAACAUUUCCCGUGUUUAAAAAAUGUUUAUAUACCUGAGUAUCUGGCGUAUACAACUUGUUGGAGUGAGUUUAUAAAAACUACUGACGUAAAUGUACACAUUGUACCACCAGAAUUGGAUGUAAACAAAACAGCUGAUUUCAUUAUUGGUAUUCUACUUUCUACAAGUUAUAACAUACCAAAUUUAUAUUCAAAUAAGGAAGAAAGUCAAACAAUUAAACGUCCAGCAUCUUCACCAGCACAGACUGUAACUAAUCAUUCGCUGAAAACAAACAAGCUCAUGAAGUAUCACAGCAAAGAUAUUUCAUUUCAACAUACUAUUACUAGUCAUCAGAAAUCUGAUGUUAUUUUGUCUAGAGACUCAACAUUGGAUCAAGUAGAUAAAAGUUCAAAUAUUCAAAUUGGUAUUAUUGGUCUAGGUUCAGUAAGUUUCGCAUUAAUACGUCGACUAGAGAAAUUCAAUUAUACCAUUCAUUUAUUUGAUAUACGUUUACCUGAUGGUAUGGAUACUGUAUUAAACUUACACUGUGUAAAUAACCUUGAAGAAAUUGUCUUACAAUCUGAUUGGAUUAUAAUUAUACAUGAAAAGAGUAUCAUAAAUGAACACUGUCCAGAUUAUUCUUCAUUAGUUAUCAAUGAAAUGUUUAGUGAAAGCACCACCAGUAAAAUAAAGGCGGGUAGCCAUAUAGUAUACAUAAAUCUUGCGGAAGAUUUACCAUCUGGUUUUAUCCCAUUGAAUUCAGCUAUUCUUUCUGGAAAAGUACAAAAUGCACAUGUAUUAUUCAGGAAAACAUGUCGUAAGAUUUCUGAUGAACUGAAUGUGGAGAUGUCAUCAAACAUGUUCUGUUUAAACAAGCGAUUGAGCAGCCUUCAAAUACACUUAACAGAAUUACGUUUUUAUAUGAGUCAAUUUCUCAGAAGGAAUCUUUUAAAAUCGUCAUCACUUCAAAUUAAAAUGAAUGAAGUAACGAAGACAGAAGAAAAAACCAGAAUUAAGGUUGAGCAACCUCAUCCAUCAAAUGUAAAUGAUUGGAAAAGUAAUUCUGCGAUUAAGGCAGUAAAACAACUUUCGGAUUCAAAUCAAGAAAUAUCAUCUCAUGAAGUGAAUAAACAACUUAUAUUCGGCAUCAAUUCGUUAGUUGCUCCCAAAGUAUCUAAACAGUAUAUUACUCAUCGUGAAUAA